UGUUGUUGCAAAUGUGUGAAUUCUUGCGACUUUGCGACUCUUUCAUUUCCGCUUAAAUGUAAACGACAACGACUUACUUGGAAUGUGGCUGUGACGUGUCGCAUCAAACGACACAGACAUGACUCAUCACACAGUAACGAUAUAGACUGACCCAGGUUGUUACGUGACGCAAAAAGAGAAAGUUGUUUGUAAGAUGGUGCAAUUGGCAUUGCAUCAGAUUUUUUCGUGAAACAGCAGCCAAACAGACAUUGAGCAGUUCAGUCAUUGAUGAACGCCUCAUUGGACGAGUCGAGUCAAAUUUCGACAGCGGAACAAGUUUCUUCAAUUGACGUUUACCGUUGACAUUUCUGUUCACAGUUUGCUGAGCCUUCCAGCACUGCAGAAUUUUCAUAUCCUGAUGCUUCAACAAAAUUAUAGAAAAAUGGCCAAGCAUCUUCCGUCAACAAGACCCGCCAUUUUAUUUUUAAUAGCCGCUCUGCUCCUGUUUUACUCCUACUUGUUUAGCGAAUACAGUGUUCAGAAAACAACCGGAAAUGAACGGCAGGAACCGGAACAAUUAGAGGCAAGCGACAGCAUGAGAAUGACUGACAGUGACGUCGCUAAAGCGAAUCAGUAUCCCUACAUGGUGGCGUUAAUGAUGUUCGAUCCUGAAACCGAAGCGUACUCUCAAUUUUCCUGUGGAGGAUCUUUGAUUAGCCGAACUCACGCCUUGACAGCUGCCCACUGCGUGUGCGUUGACGACGAAAACGAAGCAAUCGAAAUUGACCAGAUGGUGGUCUUUUUGGGGGUCCACUUCAUCAACGAAACGACGACCGACGCCCAGUCGAGGAGAAAAGUCCGCAGGAUCAAAAUUCACGAGAAAUACGAUCCCGAUCUCAACAACGACAUCGCCAUCCUGACGCUGGACUCGCCCGUCAAGUACACCAAGAAAGUCAAACCCGUUUGUUUGCCUCCGCAAGGAUCCAACGACCAAUACGAAGGCCGAAUGGCUAUCGUCAAAGGAUGGGGGGCUACGGAGGAGGACGGAAAUAGCUCGCAAGUCCUCCUGCACGCCGAAAAGGCGAUCAUCUCCAACUCGCAAUGUCAGGAAAUUUACGGAGAAGCCAAUAUCACCACCCGGAUGAUGUGCGCCUACCGACCUGGCAAAGACUCUUGCCAAGGGGAUAGCGGAGGUCCAAUGGUGAUCGAAUCAAACGACCUCGACGAAAACAACACAAUCAAAGCUGCUAAUAAACCGGUUGGGAAUCGCAAAAAGGAUUGCCAAUGGAUUCAGGUCGGCAUCGUCAGCUGGGGAGACGGAUGUGCGAGAAAGGGGAUCCCUGGCGUUUAUGCUAGAGUGACAUCGUUCCUGCCCUGGAUCAAGAAAGAAAUGACGAGUGUCAAAUCCAAAUUCAAUUUCAACAAGAAUCAAGGGGUCCGAAACUCGGACAAACAAUUUGCUUUUAUUUUUUAUUUGAUUAUUUAUUUCAUUUUUUUUCCCUUGCUAGAUAGACUUUCUUUAGAGCAAAAAUAAAAGGGUGGGACGGGGAAGACGUUCGCGCGAAAGCAUUGUACAUUUGCAAUAAUUUAUUGGACACUUCUCAUCUGUUGUAUCAUUAACUAUAUCGUUGGCAUCUGUCAAAUCAACUAAAUAAAUAAGUCUCAUC